AUGGCUUCUUCCGACACAGGCAGUUCUGAAUGGACUGCGCAGCGGGUCAGAGAAACCUUUCUCGAUUAUUUCAAGCAGAAUGGUCAUACUUUCGUCCCCUCGUCGCCUGUGGCUCCCUUGUCGGAUCCAACGCUGCUCUUCACCAAUGCGGGAAUGAAUCAGUACAAGUCCAUUUUUCUGGGCACCGUGGACCCGCAGUCAGACUUUGCAAAGCUGCGGCGCGCCGUGAAUUCGCAGAAGGCACGGCAGCCCCUACCAUACGAGAGUCCUCACUUAUCGGUUCCCCUACUGACCAGUUCAUUCUAUAGUGUAUUCGCGCUGGUGGACCUCGACGAUGUGGGCAAGGAUAGCUACCACCACACUUUCUUCGAAAUGCUCGGAAACUGGAGCUUUGGCGACUACUUCAAGAAGGAGGCCAUUUCGUAUUCGUGGACACUCCUCACGAAGGUCUACGGACUAGACCCAGAUCGCCUUUACGUGACCUAUUUUGAAGGCAACGAGGCCGGCGGUCUCGAGCCCGAUCUCGAGGCCAAGGAACUUUGGAAAUCAGUGGGAGUACCCGAGUCCCACAUCCUCCCCGGCAACAUGAAGGACAAUUUCUGGGAAAUGGGCGACCAAGGACCAUGUGGACCCUGCAGCGAAGUGCACUAUGAUCGGAUUGGCGGUCGUAAUGCUGCCUACCUGGUCAACCAGGAUGACCCCAAUGUGCUCGAGAUCUGGAACAACGUUUUCAUCCAAUAUAACCGCGAGGCAGACCGCUCCUUGCGAUCGCUACCCAACAAACACGUCGACACCGGAAUGGGCUUUGAGCGCUUGGUGUCUGUUCUCCAAGACAAACCCUCGAACUAUGACACGGACGUUUUCACCCCGAUCUUCCAGGCUAUUAAAACCGUCACCGGGGCCCGCGAAUACCGAGGGCUUUUUGGCGCCGAAGACCGAGACGGGAUCGAUACUGCGUAUCGCGUGGUUGCAGACCACGUGCGGACCUUGAUGUUUGCCAUCUCCGAUGGUGUGAUCCCGAACAAUGAGGGUCGUGGCUAUGUGAUCCGUCGGGUGUUGCGCCGUGGAGCCCGUUAUGCUCGCAAAUACUUCCAGGUCGACAUCGGCAACUUUUUCUCGAAACUUGUACCAACGGUCGUGGAUCAGCUCGGGGAAAUGUUCCCGGAGCUGAGAAAGAAACAGCACGACGUGGUGGAGAUAUUAGACGAGGAGGAAGUAUCCUUUGCCAAGACCCUGGACCGAGGAGAGCGGCAAUUUGAGCAGUAUGCCCAGCAAGCUACACUCAAGGGAUCAGACAGACUGCACGGUGCAGAUGUGUGGAGGCUUUACGAUACGUUCGGGUUCCCGGUCGACCUGACCCAGAUCAUGGCUGAAGAGCGUGGUCUCCGCAUCGACGACGCCGAGUUUGAAGAAGCACGAUUGAAAGCGAAAGAAGCUAGCAAAGGCCAGAAGAAAGCCGCCGCCAAUGUCGUGAAGCUGGAUGUUCAUGAUCUCGGCAAGCUAGAGAAGAUGGAGGACGUCCAGAAGACGGACGACUCCGCCAAAUUCGGACGAGACAAUAUCACGGCUCACAUCAAGGCCAUCUACCAUGGGAAAGCCUUCUACAACAGCACCGAAGAUGCUCCCAGUGGCGAACAGCUAGGUGUCAUCCUCGACUGUACCAACUUUUACGCCGAACAAGGCGGCCAGGAGGCUGACAUGGGCCGGAUUGUCAUUGAUGGGCAAGCUGAGCUGGAAGUAGGAGAUGUUCAAGUCUAUGCUGGGUACGUUCUGCACACCGGCUUCAUGAAGUAUGGAUCUUUGUCGGUGGGCGACGCCGUGAUUUGUGAAUAUGAUGAGCUUCGUCGAUGGCCCAUCCGGAACAACCAUACGGGUACCCACAUCCUGAACUUCGCCCUAAGAGAAGUCCUCGGAGAUGGGGUGGAGCAAAAGGGCUCCCUGGUGGCGGCUGAGAAGCUGCGCUUCGACUUUUCCCACAAGGCUGCAGUAUCCGAUGCCGAUCUGCAGAAGAUUGAGGCCAAAUCCACCGAAUAUAUCCGACAGAACUGCGCUGUCUAUUCCCAGGAAGUGCCUCUUGCUACCGCGCAGCAAAUUUCUGGCGUUCGCGCAGUCUUCGGUGAGACGUACCCGGAUCCUGUUCGGGUUGUGUCCGUCGGAGUUGAAUUGGAAGAGAUCUUGCGGAAUGUCAAGGAUCCCCGGUGGCAUGAAGUCAGCAUUGAGUUCUGCGGUGGAACUCAUGUCCAGAAAACCGGCGACAUCAAGGAUCUGAUCAUUCUGGAAGAGAGUGGUAUUGCUAAGGGCAUUCGUCGCAUUAUUGCUGUUACCGGUGAGGAGGCCCAUGAAGUGCAGCGAAUCGCUCAGGAGUUUGAGAACCGCCUUGACCAGCUGGACGCUAUGCCUCUUGGCCCCGAAAAGGAGCGAGAAGCCAAGCAGGUGCAGGUUGAUCUCAACCAGCUGGUAAUCUCUGCGGUCCAGAAGGCGAAAUUCCGCGCACGUUUUACCGCGAUCAACAAGCAGGUUUUGGAUGGCCAGAAAGCCCAGCAGAAGCUGGAAGCUAAGAUGGCCGUGGAAACCAUCACGUCUUUCUUCGAGGCGGCGGAAAAUCAGAACGCCUCGUCAUUUGUUGUUAAGCUCCCGAUGCCCACAAGUGCCAAGGCUGUCAGCGAAUCUAUCAACUACGUUAAGACGAAGAUGCAAAACAAAAAUGUUUAUGUGAUGGCAGUGGAUCCCGAACAGACCCGGGUUGCACACGGCUGCUAUGUGUCCCAGGAGCUUGGUGACCAAGGUGCUUCCGCGAAUGACUGGGCCGCCGUUGUUUCCAACGCUGUUGGAGGCAAAGCCGGUGGAAAAGGUGCGACUUCCAUCGGUAAUGGCACCAACCCCGACAAGGUCGACGAAGCUGUGUCGCUCGCAUCGGACUACUUGAGUAAAUUUAAACUGUAG